AUGGGGAGAGGCCAAAUUCUCUUGCUAUGUUCCUUAAGUCUUUGCAUUGGCCUAGCUUUUGCGGACUGGAACAUUUUGAACCAGAGAACAAAGAUUAAUGGCCUCAAAAUCUCCUUGAAGAACUACUGUGAGGCUUGGAGGAUGAAUGUUGAGCUGCACAAUAUUCGAGAUUUCGAUGUUGUGCCUGAAGAAUGUGUUGGUUACACUAGGAAAUAUAUGAAUCCGACUCAGUACAAGGUUGACUCCGAGAGGACAAUUCUGGAAUCUACUGUUUAUCUUAGCACAAGUUGUGGCUUGAAGAAUGAUGGCAAAGAUGCUUGGAUUUUUGAUAUUGAUGACACACUCCUUUCCACUGUGCCAUUCUAUAAGAAAAACGGUUUUGGGGGAUGAACUGAAGACUGUACAGGAGUA